AGACACUCACAGCAGAGAACGACAGCAUGCAGGGACCCGUUAUUAAGAAUAAUAGUACUGAACAUAUAUGAUUUUUAAAGAGCAACAUUUAGGAUUUGCUAUAUUUUUUUCUACGAGACCACAUGAAAUUGGGGGAAACGAAAGCGUUAAUUGUAGUAACACUGAAAGGAACAAAUGUUUACUUGCUAAUGUAAUACAGGACAAGGUCCGUGUAACAAACUAAAUAAAAAAGGAUUUUUGUUGUUCACUCUUCCACUUCGACCAAGUUCAUCCCUACUAGAGUUGAGCCAGCCAUGACGCAGUGGGUGUCAAAAGCAGGAGGGUGCCUGGGGCCCAAAGUCUACCCCGCGGUGCCGGACGGAGACUGGGGAUGGGUGGUCGCCGUAGCGUUCUUCUUUGUGGAGGUGUUCACCUAUGGCGUCAUCAAGAGCUUUGGAGUCUUCCUGCAGGACCUCAUGAGCGACUUCAGUGAGAGCAACAGCCGCGUGUCCUGGGUCAUCUCCAUCUGUGUGUUCGUCAUGACCUUCACCGCUCCCCUCUCCUCGGUGAUGAGUAACCGGUUCGGGUUCCGCCCCGUCGUCAUGCUCGGGGGGUUCCUCAUCAGCCUGGGCACCAUAACGAGCGCUUUCACCAACUCCAUCAACGAGAUGUACAUCACCAUCGGAAUCGUCUCAGGGCUGGGUUACUGCCUGACCUUCCUCCCCACAGUCACCAUCCUGUCUCAGUACUUCACCUCCCGCAGGUCUCUCGUCACUGCCGUCGCCUCCACUGGAGAGUCCUUCUCCAUUUUCGCCUUCGCCCCAGCUUUCACAGCUUUGAAGCAGCUGAUUGGCUGGCGGCUCUGUCUGGUUGUGAUCGGAGUCCUGCAGUCCAGCAUCAUCAUCUGCGGGGCCCUGCUGAGGCCCAUCGUCAUCGAACCCAGGGCCAAGGAGGAGGAGGCGGCCAAAUCUCCCUCCUCCAAACAGCUGGAGAGCAAGUACGCCCUGGAGAACGAGCACACCCGCACCUCCAUCAGCUCCACGGACUCGGGGGUGCAGUCUCUGAGCUCCUCCCGCAUGGAGCUGGCCGGGGAGCGGGGCGGCCCCGAGCAGAAGGCCCUGAUGGCGGAGGAAGGGGUGGAGGCCGCGCCCCGGACCCAGCCACAGGCGCCAGGGGCCCAGGAGCCAGCCCAGCCCAAGCUGCUGGACUUCUCGGUGCUGCGGGAGGCCAGCUUCGUGUGCUACGCCCUGUUCGGUCUCUUCGCCACGCUGGGCUUCUUCGCCCCGCAGCUGUAUGUGAUUGACCUGAGCGUGAGCCGGGGCGUGGCGCGCGACAGGGCCGCCUACAUGCUGUCCGUCAUGGCCGUGGCCGAGAUCCUGGGCCGCCUGUCCAUCGGCUUCGUCCUCAACCGCCGGCCCAUCCGCAAGGUCUACAUCCUGCUGGGCUGCGUGUCGCUGCUCUGCCUGGUGCUGGUGCUCUUCACUGCCGUCCGGGAGUUCUGGGGCCUGAGCGUCUGCUGCGCCCUCUACGGCUUCCUCCUGGGCACCGUGGCCUCCAGUCACAUCCCCAUGCUGGCCGAGGACGAUGUGGUGGGCAUCGACAGGAUGCCGUCCGCCGCCGGUGUCUACGUCUUCAUCCAGAGCUUCGCCGGGCUGGCCGGGCCCCCGCUGGGAGGUGUCCUGGUGGACGUGACGAAGAACUACGGCUCGGCGUUCUACUCCUGCGCCAUCGGGAUGGGCCUGGGGGCGAUAUUCCUGGGGCUGGUGCGCCCGGCGAAGGCCUGGCGGUGCUGCGCCACCGGGGGGCGCCAGAGCGAGAGGGAGCGGGAGGCGGAGCAGCCCGCAGCCCUCCCGGCCGACGAGGAAACGCCCGAGGACUUCCUCGAAGUGGACGUCGCCGUGGAGGUGAGCCCCGCCAAACGGCAGCCCGACGAGGGAGUUGUCUGAGGAGGACACUGGACGGUUACGAACGCAGCCUGCCUCACAACGAUGCACAGAAAACAAGCCAUGGGAGAAGACGAAACGAUUUUUGGGGUUAAGGAUGUGAGAUAUUCUACGCAUCCUCUAUGCACCUGAUGCUGUCAAGCACUGUCAAUGAACACUUACUGUACCAGCCCUGAGACUCACGUUAUUAACUGGCAAAAGACAGUUCACAGACGCCAAGUCUUACAGAACACAAAGACCAUUGCACCUCUUCUGGAUCUCAUCUGUCACAGAGACUAGAGGGGGGUCAUUUUAGACAAAUGUCAAGAUGACAGGAUCUUUCUGGGUCACAAACCCUUUAAUACCCCCCCCCCCCCCUCCCACUCACAGCUGUUGGCCAAAGUCCAUACUUAAAGGCUCUAAAGAAAGAGCCGUGGCCCUUUGUGCCGAAUGAGAAGGAAUGUAUGAGCUGUCUGUGGGUCUGCCGAAAGCUGCAAUGAAUGAGACCUGAAUGAGACCUCCAGCUGAGCACAUGCUGCAGGCAGAGCCACUGAACAAAGAGGGGACUUGGUCUGCCUCCGCAGUCCUGCUACUUCAGCUUUUAUACAGGCUGCUGUAUAUUCCUCUUCAUCUUUAGUAGCCAGUAGAAUGGGUCAAAACAGAGGCGAUCUCGUUCCUUUUCGUCACCUUGAAAUACUUGAUCUCUUUUUUUACAUUUCCGUUUCUUUGUAUAUUAUUAUAUUUUAGUUCAAAAAAAGACAACAAAGUCAAGCCGCUUGGACCAACCUCAGUCACGCCCGUGGACCAGUACCACUCAUGCACACACCAUGCCAUAGGGAGAGUGGUGUCUGCACUUUCACAGUAUUGUUAGAACCCUACUCAGCCAUCAGUGAUCUUACGUCUGUAGUUAUAUCAGACAUGGCAGGUGGAAGUUUGUAGGAGUAGAAGCCAAAUGCCCCUAAAGCAGUGUCGUAAGUCAUAUUUGUGUAUACUUUAAUAUCGUUUAUGGACGAUCUGGCCAGAAAACCUUUUUUUUCUUGACUGCUAAGGUCAGGGGAGUCCAGUGUUGAUGACAGGGGUCGUUAAAGACCUGCCGUCUGCUCACAGUUGGGCCCCGCGAAAUGCUGACCCCACUCGUGCUCUGAUAGGAGUGAUGUGACCCCCUGGCAGCGUCAAACACAAGCCCCUCAGAUCCCCCACAGAAGUCUUCCACAUUCAGAAACUCUUUCCUUGAGAGUUGCUUCAGUAACAAACGUUCUCUCUUACCAAGCUCUUAGAGACCCCUGUAUGAGGGACCCUGUAGAGAAAAGGGUUGUAGUGUCCAUUGCUCCACCUUCUCUGAAAGGAAGAUUCGUCCCGUGAUUUUUACAAACUCCAGGUUGCUAGGCGAAUUUGUAGUCUUAAGAAAAGUAGGCGUGGACAGGAAAAAUGAGUUUGAACCGCUGAGCCUCAGGAAAUGACGUCAACGGUCUGCUUGAAAUGUUCAGCCCUCACAUUCAAGGUUCAGCCUGUGAAAGCGAGUAAACAGGAAACAGGAAGUGAUCACUGAAACCAAAACUAAAGCUGCUGUAAACCAUCUACCUUUUGAAGUCCAGCGCCCAAAUUAGACAGUAAGAGACUGAAAAAAACCACAGCUUUAUCAUCUGAAUAAAACGCACAAUGUACAAACUAUUGUUUAUUCUGACUGGUAGAUUGUACCUUUCCUGUAUCUCACAGUGAAAAAGCUACACUACGCCGGACAACAACUAGAAUAUUACAAUAUUGCGAAAGUGAUAAGCUUUGCUUUUUUAUAGACAAUUGACAUGUUAAUGUUCACAGAGCAGCAUGUGUGUAUCACGAAUGAUACGGAUUCACUCUGAGGUCAGCAUUGUAGAAACAGUAUGAAAUCUGUGAACGCCAGAGUUAUAAUAACGCAGUAAAGGGAAAUAACUUCUCAUGGCCUUCCUGUGGAGUGACAUUACUGCUUACACGCUGUUUCCUGGUACUGCUACCUGACCUCAGUACAGUGAAGCUAUCAUAUCUGCCAUCACACAUGCUUUCUGCUGGAACCACUGUCUGACCUCAGUUGAGUGAAAUUACUGUAUCCACCAUCUUGCACGCAGCAUAGUGGCACUGCUGCCUGACCUGCCUGAUGUGACUUGAAUUUCCUCAAUGAAUGGAUGACUUUCAAUAUACUGAUGUACUAUAUUAUGAAUAAUUAUGAAGUUUUUUCUACUUUUAUUUUUAAGAGGAAGAGGGUUUGUGAACAUCCCACAACCUUGUCACUUUUUAAUAUUGUUUUUUUUCCAGUUGUAACUGUAAUAAAAUAUAUAGAACACGACAUUGUAACAGGGUUAUGCUGGGAAAUGCUGCAGUGCUAACUGCUGAUUUUUUUUUUUUUUACCAAUUAAAGAAAUCCAGUUUGCCAUUGUAAAUGUGUAUUUUUCAUACAUUAA